AUGUCCGAAGUUGUAUAUAUCACUGUUGAACCAUCAAUCCAGUUACAUGGAGCCCCAACGCAACCCUACUGGAUUCAUCCACACUUAAUUGACUCUAUCGAUCCGGUCAAGGGUCGGCAGUUCCGGGUUUCGGACCAUAUUCCCAAAGGCACCUGUCUUCUUGUCGACCGUCCCUACGCAGCUAUUCCGGUUGUUGAUGAACCGGCAACCAACGAGAAUCUUAUUUGCAGCUAUCCGGCUUGUAAUCGUCGGGUUGUACUUGGCACGGAACGGCUUUCGUGUCCGAGUGCUUGCAUAGAUGAUGUCGCGUGGUGUGGGACUACAUGCAGAGAUCUGGAUCAAGUUCGCCAUGCAUUCGAAUGCACAUGGUUGAAGAGGUAUUCGAAGCCAAUUCGAUCCAAACGAGGUGAAUAUGAAUUUGGUAUGUUGUGGUUGAUCAUCCGUCUCCUUGCCACUCGCCAAGUCGAAAUACAAAAUCCAUCAGCCAUCAAUGGAAGCAACCCUUUCCCUCCGGUGUCGAAACACGGCUGGGACGGUAUCAACAUGCUAUGCGGUUCUGUCGAGACAUGGUCACACGAUCGAGUUCGGAAUUGGUCCACUUUGGCGAAGAAGUAUCUCCAAAGCAGCACAAUCUUGCCGCAUGGAUUAAGUACAGACCGCAUCCUUCAUCUUAUAUGCCAAGAAGAGGCAAAUUCCUUUGGUCUCUACCCAAGAGAGACCGGUGUUUUCCCCAUUCCCACCCCCUUCGUCGAUAGGGGAGAGCAGUUUGCCGCGGCUGUAUAUCCCACGGCGGCAAUCGCAAACCACUCAUGUUUGCCAAAUAUCAUUCACAAGGCCGAUGACCAAGGCCGAAUGGUUUUUACUGCAUCCCGGGACAUCAAUAAGGGUGAGGAAUGCUGUAUAUCGUAUUUUGACCUGACGCAACAUACCGACCUUACCACACGCCGUCAACAUCUCAAAAACUCGUUCCGUUUUACCUGCAAAUGCGAUCGAUGUGUCUCCGAAGAACCCGUUGAGGAGACAUCACCAUGGAACACGAUACCAAUGAUGGACAUGGAGUGA